CACCUAAGGCACCUGUGCCCAGCAACCUUGCCCCUGCAGGUGCCAGACCAGCAUGGAUGAAGAAAGAUCAGCCUCACACUCAAAAGCAAUUUGUCUUUGAAGAGCCAUCAGAGGUGGAGCGCAAAGUUCCUGAAGCAGAUGUGAUAGACAAGCCUGGUGUGUAUGAGCUCAGCAAAGUACCAACUGGCAUUUCUAGGAUUCAUUUGAUUCCUGGCUUUAUUGACUCAGAACAAGCAGACUGGAUGUUUGAACAACUCCUCCAAGACAUACCCUGGGGUCAGAGAACUCACAUCAGACAGGAAGUAUCUUUUGAGGAACCAAGGCUUACCUCCUGGUAUGGGGAACUUCCUUACACGUACUCCAGGAUAACAAUGCAGCCAAACCCAAAGUGGCAUCCUCUGCUGACCAUGCUAAAGGAGCGCAUUGAAGAGUUCACUGGCUAUACCUUCAACUCUCUUCUCUGCAACCUCUACCGAAAUGAGAAGGAUAGCGUAGACUGGCACAGCGACGAUGAACCAUCAUUGGGAAAAAAUCCUGUCAUUGCCUCGCUCAGCUUUGGUGCUACCCGGACCUUUGAGAUGAGGAAGAAACCCUCCCCUGAAGAGAAUGGAGACUAUACUUACGUAGAAAGACUAAGAAUCCCACUUGAUCAUGGGACUCUGCUGAUGAUGGAAGGAGCUACCCAGGAGGAUUGGCAGCAUCGAGUGCCUAAGGAAUAUCAUUCUAGAGAUGCACGGAUAAACUUGACCUUUAGGAUCAUUUAUCCAGAACCUGAUGGAGUUUGGAAAUGAACAGGCACUUUGAGCAUUGUUGGAUAUAAACCCACAGCAGAUCGAGAGCUUCAGAUUGCUGCAGAUUUAAAGGAGGCCUUACAGGAACGGAGUUCUGUGAAAUAUCUGAUGGGGAAAAGAAUCGAUGCUAUGAAGUUCUUUGACAAUCAGAAGCUGCCUUUGUUAUGUGGACAGUGCUCUUUUGUUU